UCACAGGAACAUUAAGAGAGAAACAUGGCAGAAGAAGCUCCAGCAGCGGCGCCGGCUAAAGCCCCGGCCAAAGCCCCGAAGAAGAAGGCCGCCUCCAAGGCCAAGAAGGAUGGACCCAGCCUGUCCAAGCUGAUCGUGGCCGCCGUGGCCGAGUCCAAGGAGCGCAAGGGCAUGUCUCUGGCGGCGCUGAAGAAGGUGCUGGCCGGCAAAGGCGUGGAUGUGACCAAGGCCAACAAGCGCAUCAACACCGCCGUCACCAAGCUGGCGACGGCAGGAACCCUGAGCCAGACCAAAGGCACCGGGGCGUCGGGCUCCUUCAAGCUGGCAAAAGACACCAAAGCGGCUAAACCAGCCAAGAAGGUGGUGAAGAAGAAGGCUCCCGCUAAGGCCAAGAAGCCCGCCGCCGCCGCCAAGAAGGCCAGCACCCCCAAGAAGGCUGCGGCUAAGAAAACUGCCGCUAAGAAGACCCCUAAGAAGGCUCCAGCCAAGAAAUCCCCUAAGAAGGUGGUGAAGAAGAGCCCUAAGAAGGCCGCUGCCGCCAAGAAGCCAAAGGCUGCUGCUAAGAAGCCUGCAGCCAAGAAAGCUGCAGCAAAGAAGCCCGCAGCUAAGAAGGCCAAGAAGUAAAGCUGCAAGACCAGCACUCAGUGCACCAAAGGCUCUUUUCAGAGCCACCACUUCUUCAAUUAAGACCUGGUUCCUCAUUAUUUCACCACAUAAUUAUUAGAAAUGAAUAAGCCCAACACAUCUUAUGCUGCACAAUACAGCUAAAUGCAACUAAAUUAUAUAACAUGGGUUUAUGACGCUUCCAAUGUUUGAAGUUAUAGAGCUUCUUUCAUUAAACUGAUAACAUGCAGACUUCAUAACUCAAAACCACACAUCAAAGUUGCAUUACAUGAUACAAAAUACAUAUUUUUAGCUGGGAGAAUAUGAUUAAGUUUCAUGAUAUUAUACCGCUGUAUAAAACUCAACUGGCUCCAUCUCCUCUGCAACAAUAUAUCCAUCCAGAAAACAGUUCCCUUUAGAAAAAUCACCUUUGGGAAGCUGGUCUGUGGGUUGGAACCCUGUUCCCACACAAUCAUGCAAACUCCACGCAGACAGACCCAGGGUUGGAUUUGAACCCAGAACCUUC